GAUUCUCAGAGAGGCGCUCGCUCCUCGCACUCACCAUCUCAUUAAUAAACUCAUUUUCACUCUUGUUUAUUUGACUGGUGAAAACAGCCUGUUUGAACGAAUCGUCGUUUUAUCAAUAAACAUAUACGAAAAAUAUUUUUUCUGAAGGCAUAAAAUGGACUCCGGUCAUCAGCCAAACAUGCAGUUUUCGGACACAUCUCCAGCCGCAGUACAAGGGGGGUCAGUCGCUGCACCCACUAUUGUUAUUAGCGGCAGCCAACACGGAAUUUACAAUACGGCCUCAGGUGGUCAACAGAUCGUUAUUGGGGCGGCGACAGGGGCAAGUAUACCAGAAGUGAAAACAGAACCAGAUAUUAACAUGUUGUACGAUAACGGGUAUGGAUCUAGUACUGGAUCGUCAACGUCGUAUACAUAUGGCAACUCAAAUCCCGACAGUGCUGGUUUUGCUUUAUCAGAUUUCUUGGUCCAGUUGGAAGAUUACACCCCAACGAUUCCUGAUGCGGUGGCGAAUUACUAUCUCCACCAAGCUGGGUUCGAGUCGACCGACCCCCGUAUAUCUCGUAUGAUCUCCAUUGCUUCUCAAAAGUUCAUUUCCGAUAUUAUCAACGAAGCAUUUACACAUUGUAAGCUUAAAGCAAUGCCUCCCGCUGGUGGAAAGACAAAAGUUAAAGACAAAAAGUACACACUCACAUUGGAAGACUUGAUACCUAUACUUAACGACUAUGGAAUUUCUGUAAAGAAACCACCCUACUACGUGUAAUUAUUGUACUAUUUGUCUGGUCUUCUGUAUUGACGUUGCCGAUUACCUAGACGUAUAAUAUAUAAUAUAUCACUUAUUAUCUUACUAAUAUUAUGAAUAAGUUAGAGUAAAUGUACUAUGAAAACGAAUACUGGUUAGGUUUUAUUUUCGAAAGAACGUACUGCUAUAUGUGUGUAUACAAUGUAUCUAUGAAAAAAUUUGUAGUAUAAUAAAGAUCAAUGUCAUUGGCGUUGAUGAAAUUCUAA